CGAUGCACCUCCACCACAUGCACUACAAGGUGGACCUCGAUGUCGACGGUCAGAUGAACUUCCUGGAGACUCAGGACAUGGAGUACGAGAUUAUCAAAGAUCCCUGGAGCACGCAGAACACCAUCGAGCGCCCGUACCUCCGCAGGAAAAGGCUGGAGAGGGAGGACGAGGCAGCAUUCCCGCUCAACGCCCCCAUGCCCCGCUACCUCUCCUUUGCCAGCCCCAAGCCCAACAAGUGGGGGCACCCACGCAGCUACAGGAUCCAGAUCAUCAGCUUUGCUGGGAAGCACCUGCCCAUCAACAGCUCCAUGGAGCGGUCUGUCAGCUGGGGCAGGUACCAGCUGGCUGUCACCCGGAGGAAGGAGGAGGAGCCCACCAGCACCAGCAUCUACAACCAGAAUGACCCCUGGACGCCCACUGUCGCCUUCGCCGACUUCAUCAACAACGAGACCAUCGCCAACAAGGACCUGGUUGCCUGGAUCUCUGUGGGGUUCCUGCACGUCCCCCACGCUGAAGACGUCCCCAACACGGUGGCAGUGGGGAACAGUGUUGGCUUUUUCCUGAGGCCCUACAACUACUUCAACGAGGACCCCUCGGUGGACUCACCUGACAGUGUCUAUUUUAGCAGUGAGCAGGACACCAGGGCAUGCGGGGCCAACCCCCUCGCCUGCCUGCCCACGGCUGCUGCCUGUGCCCCCCACCUUCCCCCCUUCCACUUUGGGGGCUUCCUCAACCUCAGCCUGGCACCGCCACCCGGCGGGCUCUGACAGGCCAGGGCCCUCUGCCCCCUCCCCACCCCUGUGGGCAGUGGGAAGGUGCUUGGAGGGGCUCUGUCACCACCCCAGGACCUGCCAUCCCCCUGCCCGGCGUGCCAUGUGCUCGGGGUCGGUUUUCGAAGGUGCUCAGCUGUCAUUUCAGCACUGCAGAGCUGCUAAAG